AUGGAGAAACUUGUUUCAAAUUGGUACAAGAAUGUUGGAUCUGUGCCUGAGAAUUACAUAUUUCCAGCAGAAACAAGACCAGGGAAGUUCCAUGUUCCUAUGGGUGAAGGCAUCCCAGUGAUUGAUCUCAGUGAAGCUGAGGAAGGUCAUCGAACACUUACAAUUCAAAAAAUUCUCAAGGCUUCUCAAGAGUUUGGAUUCUUUCAGGUGAUCAACCAUGGGGUUUCAGAGAAACUAAUGGAAGAAACAAUAAAUGUGCUGAAAGAGUUCUUCCAAAUGCCAGACGAGGACAAGAAGCACCUGUAUAGUGAGGAUUUUAAGAAUGAUUGCAUUCUAUCUACGAGCUGUAUGAAUUAUGGAAAUGAGAAGGUUCAUCAAUGGCGAGACUUUCUGAAACAUUCAUGUCAUCCUCUAUACAAGUGGCAGAAAUUUUGGCCUGAAAAUCCACCUACAUACCGAGAGAUUGUGGGGGCAUGUUCAGUUGAGGUUAAGAAGUUGAGUUCAAGGAUCCUGGGGCUCAUCGCGGAAGGCCUUGGCCUGGAAAGUGGAUAUUUUGAGGAUGAACUAAGCGAGCACGUGGCACUGAGCGCUCAUCAAUAUCCACCAUGUCCUGACCCAACUUUGACUCUGGGCACGCGCGUCCAUGUGGACGCUAAUAUCAUUACCAUUCUUCUUCAGGACCAUGUGUACGGCCUUCAAAUCUUUAAAGAUGACACAUGGCUUGGCGUUCCCCCUAAUCCACAUGCAUUUGUCGUUAACAUUGGCACCUUCUUGCAGGUAAUCAGUAAUGAUAAACUAAAAAGUGUGAAACACAGAGUUGUGACAAAUACGAGCAAGUUUCGAGCAUCAGCUGGGUUUUUUGUGAGUGCUUUAGAAGACACUGUAAUAAAACCAGCAAGAGCUGUUACUGAUGAACUCAAUACCGCCAUCUACAAGCCCUUCACUGCCAAGGAUUUUAUUAUGCACUACUUCCAAAGUGACGGUGACAUCGAAGCAACGAUUGAUCAAUCAUUUGGAGGUGUCAAUAAAUUGUCUAUAUCUCCACCUACCUUAUUUGAUGUGAUUGGAGAGCCACCAUCAAUUCCUUAUGCUAUGAACUAUUUCCAUAUGAUGUUGCAUGCUGUUAAGCCAGAAUUGUUUGCCAAUGAGGACAAAAUUGACAACGAAGUGAAAUGGGCUAAAGUUUACGUGCAGAAUGAUACUGAUUCAUGUAGAGUUCAUGUUCUCUCUUGGCUACAAGAGUGGGAUGGUACUGUUCGUGAUGAUGCAGGAUAUACAAUGCCACGAUACUACAAUGGUGAACUAUAA